AACUUAAAUUAGAACACAAUGAUUAGUAAUCUACGCAAAUUCACGUACGCUUUAAAGCGUACGUACAGAACUUUGUUGCGCGACGUUCGUCGGGGAACUUCCCUCCCGAGCGUCGAGAGAAGCUACAGCUCGGCAUUGUUCAUUUCCGGGAACAAGGCUUACAAAGCGUUCGCGUAUCUGUCGCCGUAUCUGGACUUGGACGAAAGAUUCGCCAAUGUGGAAAAACUGCAGAUGAAUCUGGUGACGCGCGGAAUGAACGUCGACGUCGUUCAGUUGAAGGAAACGUGGGAUUUCUACAUGAAGAUGGUCGCCGACAAGUAUGCGCUGGAGGACAACAACAAGGAGCUCGGCGGUCGCAUAAAAAUCCUGAUGGAAAGCGCGGAGCGUACUGCCGAGCAGGAACAGGAGAUGCUCAAGUUGACUACGCAGCUCAAUGUCGUACGGAAAGAUCUGAAGACGAUGAAGGAAGCGCUCUGGGAUGUGGAGGAAAGCGUGAUGGAAAGAGUCUUGAAGCUACCGAACGAGCUGGAUCCCGGAACGCCCGUUGGCGAACCGGUGAUACUGAAAAGUGUCGGUAGCGUGCGCAAGAUAUCGGAGAAGAAUAUCAGCAGCCACAUCGACAUCGGGACGAGCCUAGACCUGUUAGAGUACAGGAAUCCUCUAUGUUACUAUCUGGGCAACGACGCGGCCUUGUUCGAGCUUGCUGUGCUGGCGCACGCAGGCCGAGUUCUCGGUGAGAACGACAUGGUCAAGAUAAUCGGCACGGACUUCAGCCGCAGUCUUCUAGUGGAAGCGGCCGGUUUGGAUCACGAGGACCCCGCGGCCGCCUUCCUGAUAGAGAAUCACAACGAGGUCGAGAGGGGCUCGCCGAAUCGUAUGCAUCUGGUCGGCGGCGCGAGCUUGAUCUCUUUCCUGGCGUUUCAUACGAAGCACCUGAUAAAUCCCAAGAAUUUGCCGAUCAAGUACUUCGCCACCGGCAGACAGUACACGCCGUUGCCACGGGACUCGCGCGACUGCGGCUUGUUCACGGCGUGCCAGGCCUCCGUGGCGCAUGCCUUCGUCGUAGCGAAGGAUUCGAAGAGCGAGGAUUACAGGAUGUUGUUCGAGGAACUUCUGGAGACCGUAUGCAGGUUGUACGACGAUGUAUGCGGUCACUAUCGCGUCGUUAUGCGAACCGCGCCCGAACUGCAAUUUUGCGAGGAGAUGCGCGUAUCUUUCGAGAUGUGGUCGCCGUUCAUGAACCAGUACGUUGAGAUCGGUCACGUAUCCAAAUACGGCGAUUAUCUCAGCAAAAGAUUACGGAUUGUCUACCAAACGCCCACCGGAAGAGACUUUCCCGCGGUGAUAUCGGGCACUGUUCUCUCCGUUCCGCGUCUCCUAGCUUGCCUGCUCGAACAGAAUCCCGACAAGUUCGUGAUACCACCAAAAGUUGCUGAAUUUGUACCGUCAUAGGACCACAUCGCUACGUAAAUUUGAAAUCAGACGAAUUUCGUUCAUAGUAUUGCUCUAUUAAAAUAUUUCGUAUGGAUAAAGUAAAUAAAUAAGGUAAACUUUUCAAAUUAAUGGAACAAUCAAUGUUACCGUGAAACAUUGGAGACAAUCGAUUGAUAAUUAAAAUCCGAAUUGUAAAACACGACAAGGUGAUAUCCUUAGAUCAGAGAACAGCAGAGAUGUACAUUUAGGAAAUAUAUGUAUAAUGCACGUGUAUUAUCUGUUUCUACCAGGUUACUAUUUUACAAAGUAUCGAUGGAUGUAACGCACAUUUUGAAUGCUACCGCCACCAUAAGUAUGAUGAUCAUCCACUCCAAACGUGAUGAACGCUCAAGCGCGACUGUAAAAUGCUCACUAGUUCCAAUAAGUGAUUUAAUCUCUCGUUCAUCAUCUGCGUAAAAAAUAUAUAUAUAGCCAUACAAAAACCUAAGUUUCAUGCGGAAAGCAAUAAAAUGUACAUUGAAUACUUUCGAACGUUUUGAAAUAAUGAAAUGUCCG